GUGAAUGUCCAUAAGAACUGCAAGAGUUUACUGGCUGAAUGCAGCAGCAUCAGACCCAAGCAGAAAGAUUUGCAGCACAGACCUUCUGGAUCUCCACAAAGUUCACCCCAGUGCAUUUCCCCAGCCGCCUCUUUGAAGGAGCAGCCCCGAAGUCUUCUCCUGGGACCGGAUGGCACCCCAGUACUAUCACGGAAUCUCGGUAUGACUAUUGCCCAAAGAGGAAAUUCUCAGUCUUCAUUGAAUACUGCUGGAGCUGUUAAUAAAUUUGGACUAAUUUCAGGAGACAUGGAUGAAGGGGAUUCAGGCUUUAUAAAAUUUAAGCAGACUUCAGAUGAUGUUGUCUCACUUGCACCUUCAACAGCAGACUCCAUUUUUCUGGAAGAUGCAUAUUCUGUAUCCCUCCGAAAUGAAAUAGAAACAGAUGCUCAUGAGUUUGAGGCAGAGUCUUGGAGUGUUGCAGUGGAACAGUCUUACGCAAAAAGGCAAAAGAAAGACGUUAUAAAAAAGCAAGAUGUCAUUUAUGAACUAAUGCAGACUGAAAUGCACCAUGUUAGGACACUGAAAAUAAUGCUGAAGGUAUACUCCAAAGCCAUGAGAGAGGAACUGCAGUUCCCAAAUGCAGUCAUCAAUAAGCUCUUCCCCUGUGUGGAUGAGCUGCUGGAGAUGCAUGGGCAAUUUCUGCUCCAAUUAAAGGAGCGACGAAAGGAAUCCUUGGAAGAAGGCAGUGACCGAAAUUAUAUAAUCCAGAACAUUGGAGACCUCUUGGUAAAACAGUUUUCAGGUGAAAAUGGGGAGAGAAUGAAAGAAAAAUACGGUGUGUUCUGUUGUGGACACAAUGAAGCUGUCAGUCACUAUAAAGACCUGCUCCAAAGCAAUAAGAAGUUCCAAAACUUAAUAAAGAAAAUCGGCAACUGUUCCAUUGUGAGGAGACUUGGUGUUCAGGAGUGUAUCCUUCUAGUUACACAGCGCAUUACCAAAUAUCCAGUCUUGGUGGAACGUAUUAUUCAGAAUACGGAAGUUGGAACUAGAGAUUAUGAAGAGUUGACCCAGGCCCUUAGUUUAAUUAAGGACACAAUCACUCAUGUAGAUGCCAUGGUAAAUGAGUGCGAGAAGGGGCAGCGUCUUAAAGAGAUUAUGCAUAAAAUGGAGCUAAAAUCAUCCGGGAAAUGCAAGAAUGGGCUUUUCUUCCGGAAGGAUGACAUGGGACAGAGGCGGCUUCUACUGGAUGGGAUGCUGUACUGGAAAGCUGCAUCAGGGCGACUCAAAGAUAUUCUGGCAGUCCUGUUAACUGAUGUACUGUUGCUCUUACAAGAAAAGGACCAAAAAUACACAUUUGCAUCGGUGGAUUCUAAACCACCAGUUAUCUCAUUGCAAAAGUUGAUUGUAAGAGAGGUAGCUAAUGAGGAAAAGGCAAUGUUCUUAAUUAGCGCUUCCUUAAAAGGACCAGAAAUGUAUGAAAUUCACACAAGCUCGAAAGAGGAGAGGAAUUCCUGGAUGGCACACAUCCGCAGAGCUGUAGAAAGCUGUCCUGAUGAAGAAGGAGGAACAUUUAAUGAACCUGAAGCAGAGAGGAGGCUGGCUGAAGCAAGAGCUGCUAAGUUAAAAGAUUUUCAGGAGCGUUUGAACAUGAAAGAUGACCUGAUCAUGCAAAGUCUAACUGAGAAGCAGCAGAUUUAUCUAGAAAUGUCUGAAAUGAAUGGGUUUGAAGACCAUUCCCAAGGAUCCCGAUCUAGGCUACUUCUUCGGGGGGAUAUCUCAGAAAAUCUGCAAGGAGAGGCUAUUUUGAAGUCUGCGGUGACAGAAGCUGAAAAUCUCCAGAACCUUAUCUUCACUCACUUAGGCAGUGGAUCCUGUCAGCCUGAAGAUGGCUCUGGGUCGGGACUCCCCAGGAGAGCAGAGACCUUUGGAGGAUAUGACAGUAGUCCCUCAAUUUCAAAUAAAAGUGGUAGUUUUAGGAAGAACGGUGGUGGUGAGCAGAGACAGUGGGACUGGAGAGGCCCUGCAGUAAGUUCAGAUGUUCAACUCCAUGACCUCCCUUCUGAUGCAGAAGAAGGAUCUCAAACCAGUGAUGUAACAAGGCUGGAUGACAGCAGUGGUUUUCAGCCCACCAUAGAGUCUCAGCUUGUCCAAAGGAUACAAACGCUGUUACAGUUGCUCUUCAGUCUUCAGGCAGUCAUAUCUCAGCAGGACAGCUACAUUGAGAUGCAACGAGCCACCAUGGUAGACCGGGAAAAGCAAUAUCGGCUGCAGUCUACACGAGGCAAUCUGCUGCUAGAGCAGGAGAAACAGCGGAACUUUGAAAAACAGAGAGAAGAACUGAUGAAUGUACAGAAACUUCAGAGCCAGCUGAAGCUGGAGCAGCAACGCCUGGAACGGGAGAGGAGUCGGCAGCAGAGGGAAUUUGAAAGCACAGAAGCCCGGCUGCAGGAGCGUGAAGAGGGGACUCGGCACCUGAGGGAGAAGUUGAAUCAGGAGAGGGAAGAACUCGAGAGGCAGCGAGAGGCCUAUCAGCAUGACCUAGAGAGGCUGCGGGAAGCUCAGAGAGCAGUCGAGAAAGAGAAAGAGCGUCUAGAUCAGCUAAGGAAGCUGAAGAAGCAGAACACAGUGUCAGGCACAUUCUCCCCAGAAAUGGGACAGAACCAGAUGCUAAGUCAUUCUGUUAGCUUCAAUGGAGAAGGGGUGGAAUCAUCUCUACCCAUCUUGAAAAACUCUGUGAGAGUGAGCGUCUCCGGGAUGGAUUACCUGGAACGGUCAGACUUGGUUCGUAGGGACAGUACCACCCUGGAGAAUCGUCCAGUUCUUGCAUUGAAGAAUGAAGUGCCAAUACAUCUCCUGAGUGCAACUAAUCAAAUACAGAAACCAGCUGCAGUCCAGCAGCAGAUUCCUACUAAGCUGGCCACUUUUACAAAAGGAAGCAAAGAGAAAGGUGGGAAGAACAAAGCAUCUCAUAGGACAGACAGUUCAGCAUCUGUUGAUCAGAAGCAGCUGCUUCCCCCGAGGCUUGUUGGACGAGAGGAGGGUGUCCUGAGGGGCAGACGAUCAGCAAGUCCCGUCCUCCCAAGCAGCCAGACCACUGCAUUCCAGCCAGAAUUGUGUGGCCCUACAGAUGCUCAGCCAGAAGCACUUUCAUCUGCCUCAGCAAACCUAUUCAAGCCCAAUAAUGUCCACGUUCAGACCCUGGUGACCUCUCAGCCAAGUCUGUUAAAUGUGCAAGAUGAUACCAGCAAAGAAGAUGUAAUUUUCUUCUAAUUGUUUCCAUUUAAAGAUUAAUCUUCUGACAUACUGUUUCAAGAACUCAGGCCCCAGUGUUCAACGUGACAGAGAUCUGACAUGGGUGUCUUUUCAUCCCUGCCUUGUUACUACUAGCAAGGACCAGACCAGGAUUACUGUUCUACUUUGUUGGCUUCUCUGCCAGCAGCUCAGAAUGAGGGCACAGUAGUAACAUUUUGCUUUUAAAUUCUCCAAACAUGGAAAUGUAUUGGCACAUGGCAUGGGUAUAUAAAUUCAGAGCAUAUUAAAAUGCUGCCAUUUAUUGUAAUGUGCUCUUUUCGGAGAAGGUACACUCUUUGUGGGCACCACCCUGUAAAUUGUUGUAGUUGAUGUUGAACCGCACAGAUUUUUAUGUAAAAAAUUUUAGUAGUGGGCCCCAAAAUGGCUGCGAAUUUUUAAA